AAUAAAUGUUACACCAUACUCCGGUUUGCAUGCACUCACGUAGAUAAAUUUAUUCCCACUCUCCAUAAUAUUAAAAUCUAGCGGCAGUGUUACAAGGAAAUUGCACAACACUGUUAAGCAAUAUUCUUUUGUACCCGUGUUUGAAGACAGACAGAUGAUUACGGAGCAGAGCAAAAUUGACCAGAACGUCAACGAAAGCAAGAUUCUUUCUUUUUUUGCCAUAGCACUACACUUAAAGAUGAACACGGUACAGAAGGGGCUUGGCUUACACAGCGUGCAAGUCACCUUCGAUUCGUUGAUCGACCAUUCCCCUGAUAAAUUGAACCCUUUUUUCAUAAACUUUUAUUUCUACUUUACAGAGUCUACCUUCCAGGAAAAGGUUUACUACGUGUUGGAAGAGAUUAAAAUGUCAUUACUAAAAUCCCGACCAGGGGAAAUCGUUAACGGAGACGCCAAAUGCACGCUUAGACUGCUCGCCGGCGUUAAGCGUACUAAGUAUAAAUCAUGUCGAAAAUAG